UUGACUCUUGGCGCAUUACAAUUUUUUUAUUGCGUGUUAGAAAGUUUUAAAGGGAAUAUUAGUGCUCUUCCAUGAAUAUUAACGAUGGUGACUUUAAGGAUCUACGAUGCAAACUGGACAUCAUGGGUUUUACCCAGACACUGCCAGUUUUGGCCAUUCCACUGGUUCAGGCCAUUUUUGGUGACCUGAUCAAGACCACAGAAUGUCUGAGGGAUACGAAAAAGAAGGUGGCCGAGUUGCUGGAGGAAAAGACCUGUUGGGAGCUGGGUGUCGAACCAUACAAGUGCGAUAAUUCUCGCCUGCUAGCCGAGUGUAAUGAACUCCAUCUGCAGUUUCUAGGGGACAGGGAGGACUACGAGCUGCGCCUGUGCGAGUCCGAGCGAAAAAUCCGAAAUCUGGAAACGGACAAGCAGCACUUACAGAGUCACAAUGAUGGAUUACAAAACCAGCUGGACGCUUUGCUCACGAAGCAGAUGGUUUCAUCCACAAUGGUCAAAAAAGUCUCAAGCGGAACUAGCCGUCAAAGUAGGUCAAAAAAACCCUUUAUAACUACAGUGCGCUCCGGCAAUGUACUGCCAGCUGUACUUGGCAGCAGCACUUCAGUUCUUAAAUGCACCAAAUGCAAUGCUGGAGUAUUCCAAAAGACCACCACAACUACCAAGGAUGGUGUAACUGUCACGCAAACAAGUGGCCAAGAGGAGCUUGAUAAAUUGCAGAACGAUCUGACGACAGCCGGAGAACAGCUGGAGUUUUAUAAGCGUAAAGUGGAAGCCAGGAAUCGGGAGAUUUGUCGUCUUAAUGAUAUGUUAGCAGGAGGUCGCCCGCCGGCAGCCUUGGCCAAGGAUUGCUGCUACAAGGAGGUGGGCACCCUCUCCCAAGACAUCGAUCUAUUACAGCGCGAAAAGAGCGAUUUGAUGUUGCAGGUUCGGGAUUUCCAGGACAAAAUGCACGAUGCCAUGCAGCGGGCUCUGGACUGUGAAGAAGACAAAAGGAAACUUCAAACUCAACUGGAAGAGCUAAAGGAAGCUGCUUUGCAGGUAGAACAGCAAGCAAAUGCGGAGAUUGAUGCCAAGGAGUUAGAGCUUAGACAUCUGCAAUUGGAACUUAGGAAGAAGGGCAAAGAUUACAGACUUGCCGGUGGUUUUGCAUCCAACCAAAGUGAUAAGCACAAUCUUAAUGAACGCUUGAAUGUUUUAACCCGUCGCGAAGAGGAACUGGAGUCUACAAAUGAAAAGCACAAGAAAAAAUUACAGAAAAUGCAGGCCAAGAUCUUAGAACUGCAAAAGGAGCUCAAGGAUCAGAACCAACAUACCACCGUCACCCUGGAUGAAGAGAAGAUACGCCUAUCAUCAGAGAGAGACUUCUUUCAGAAGGAGUAUUUGCGUCUGUUGGGCAAAACAGGUUCUGAAUCGGAAAUCGCCUUCUUGCAGGCACAAAUCAAAUCCAAGGAUGAGGAAUUAAAGGCACUGCGAUCUGAAUUGUUCCCUGGUGGGAAGCUCCAGUUUUCCCCGCAGAAGAGCGUUCAGUAUGAGACACUGCCACCGGCAACAGCUUCCUCGAGUACCUCCACUGCCAUUAGCAACCGAAGUGACUGCGUCCAAGCCGCCAUUACAAGGGUCGAGCGUGAACGGGACUGUGCCAGGUCCGAGCUGGAACGUGUACGCUGCGAGCGUGAUACCUUGAGGGAGAAGCAACUGUGCACCGUUCAACUUCAUGCCGAAGAGCUUCAGGGUCUUCGUGUGCGUAACGAAGAACUUAACGAUCGCCUGCGGCAAAUGGAGCGAGAUAAUCGGGAUCUUAACUCAGCUCGUGUGCCAACGGAAACGAAUUUGGUACUGCUCAAGGAAGAUUUGGUUCAGAUGAGGCAGCGUCUGUCCUCAAUGCAAGCUGAAAUCGAUCAGCUGAAGACGGAAAAUGGUCAAAUAACCAUGCUAAACGAUCAAAAUGAACGCAUCAUUGCGGAUUAUCAGACUAAACUUUUGAUGGCUGAACGCCAACGACAGUCUGCGGAUGUGAGAGCAAGCACCUUGGACUCCAGUAGAGAAUCCAAUCGCAACGAGGUUACCCAACUUCGCACGGAUAUCGGAGCUUUGCGGCAGACCUAUAUAUCAUUGGAACAUGAGAAGGAUACAUUACUGCACCAAUUGGAUAGCAAAACAGAGCGGGUUUAUAAACUUGAAUACGAGCUUAAGGAUUGCAAGGAAAAGCGCAACGCAUUGGAGCACAGUGUCAAGGACCUGGAGGAUCAAGUGCGAAAACUGGCCAACAGGAACCGGCAACGCGAUUCAGAACUGACAGAGACCUCGACGGAAAGUAAAACGCUGCGGCAGCAGAUUGUGGCACUCAAAGCCAGCCGCGAUGAGGCAAUUGCAGAGAAUCGCCGGAUGAUGGACAAAUUGAGUGAUGCCCAAGUAGAGGCCAGGACGUUGCAGAACAAGCUGGCCGACUCUGAAAAGCAGGUGAUUAAUAUGAAACAGCAGCUGCAUAAGUACGUCCAGGAGGUAAAGAAGGCUGAGGAUCUGCUAACACAGAAGGUGUCCUCUAAAUUAAAGGAAAAGGAGCGUGACGAAAUGCUGGAUCACUAUCAGUGUCUAACCCAAGACCAAGCAACGCUAGAGGGGAAUAACCAAAGUCUGGAGUGCGAGGCCAUCGAGUUCAGGCGGCAGAUCUGUGAACUGGAGUGCGAGGUGCGCAGCCUGAGGGAUGAUCUACAGUGUCGCCAGUGUGCACUUGAUGACAUGGAAGUCCAAUUGACUGCCGCCAGAGCCUCGAUGAGAUGUCUGGAACGGGAACUGGAAAGUGCCCGUGAUGAUAUCCGUGUCCAGAAAGUGGAUCUUGAGGCUCGUAAGGAGCUGUGUGAUAAACUGGAUGUGGAAAAGGGCAAGCUCAAUGCGGAGCUGAAUGAGGUCAACGAAAUGCGUAAAAAGCUUGAAAAACAAUGCGAAAAACUACGCGAAGAGUUGCAGCAGAGCUUGGCUCUGAAUCAGGUCACCACCGAAACCACUGAUCUGAUGUUGGGAAGAUUGCACAACGAUCAGCAGCGUCAGGAUGACGAUGAUAUUAGGGCCAAAAACGAAAUGGACCGACUGCAACGUCAGCUCGAACAAACUUUGAGCCUAUUGCAGGAGGAGCGUGCUCGCUGUAGGCACCAGGAGAACUUGGCCAAUGAAUACGAACAACAGGCUCGUGAUCUGCGUCGGAAUCUCACCGAGCAUCGUUAUAAUCAAGCUAGAACACGUGAAGUCAGUCCUCGAGUGCCAUCAACGACGCUGUAAUUAUGUAUUUAAAGAAAACCAUUUACUUGUUUUAGUGUGUUAACUCAAAUUUAAUGUUCGGCUGGGAGAUCUCGAAAUUGUAAAAAUAUAUUAAAGAUUGUAAAAACGAAAUAAAAAAUUUGUUGUAACGCCCGGCGCGAAUCUCUCAGGUC